UUUGCUUGGCGGUCUCUCACAGAUGCAGACGCAGUAAGGUCUGUCAGCUGCAGCAUCUUUCCUUUUUUUUCCUGAACCGGGGGGGCAAAAGAACACAGUCAGCUCUUCAUCAUGAGGUCCUUCUACCCUUUGCUCCUCUCUUUGCUCUUGGUGUCCAGUGGAUCCUCGGCUGUCAUCACAGGCGCCUGUGAGAGGGACUCUCAGUGUGGAGGAGGGAUGUGCUGCGCAGUAAGUUUAUGGAUCCCCGGUCUGCGGAUGUGCAGUCCCAUGGGACGGGAAGGAGCCGACUGUCAUCCUCUGAGCCACAAGGUCCCUUUCUUUGGGAAGAGACUCCACCAUACCUGCCCCUGCCUGCCCAACUUAUCCUGUACUGUUACCGGACAGGGAAAAGCCAAAUGUCUCUCACCUUACGAGUAUCCAGAAUAUUUCCUCUGAGGAUGAAUACGUUUGGUAUUUCCCAUAUGUAUACCAUACUUACUUUGGUUUCCUUUAAUAGCUGAUUUCCACUGUUUUUCUAUUACAUGAAUAGAGAUAUAUUUAUAACCUCGUCUUCAUGUCAAUUCUGCUAAAUUAAAGUGUUAUUCCAUUA